AUGGGGAAAUUUAAUUUCUACGUAUUAAAUUCUAAAGGAUUACAGUUGAAAGAUCCGCGUCUACAAGAGUCAGUUGCUAAAUUCAGACAAAUUGCCAAAGAUCAAAAUCUCCAUUACGAUAACUGCUACAUUGAUAAAGAAUCUUUCAAAAGCUGUAUUACAGAUAAUAUUGUGCUGAUUGAAAGAGCUCUUACAAAUAAAUUUAUCAUUCCUGAUUUCAAAGAUUUUAGUGAAAAUCUUGAACAUUUAUAUAAUGAUGCCAAUGGUAAUUCGUCUGGCAAGGUUGCAACCUAUAUACCACAGUUGUCACGACAAGACCCUGCCCACUGGGCUGUGUCUGUUUGUACCAUUGAUGGCCAACGUUUUAACAUAGGAGAUACAAAACAGGCUUUCUGUCUUCAAUCGUGUUGCAAGGCCCCAGCGUACGCCUUGGCUGUCACUGCAAAGGGGUCUGAUUACGUGCAUCAGUUCAUAGGAUUUGAACCAAGUGGCAAACCAUUUAAUGAACUUGCCUUAAAUGCACAACACAAACCUCACAAUCCGCUGCUGAAUUCAGGUGGCAUUUUGGUAUCAGCACUCUUAAAGGCUGAUUGGAGUCCUGCAGACAGCUUUGAUUUCACUACCAAACAGUUCAGUCGCUUGAGUGGAGGGGAGUUUGUUGGAUUCAGCAAUGCGACGUUUUUAUCAGAGAAGGAGACAGCAUUUCGAAAUCGAGCCAUUGCCUACCUCAUGAAGGAGUACAAUGCACUGCCAGUCGAUUCCAGUGUUGAAGAGAUCUUGGACUUCUACUUCCAGUUAUGUAGUAUUGAAGUGACAAGUGAAUCAGGAAGCGUGAUCGCAGCCACUCUAGCCAAUGGUGGCGUUUGCCCUCUGACUGGUGAACGUGUUCUGGACCCAGCUGCAGUCCGCGAUACGUUGACGAUCAUGUCAUCCUGUGGGAUGUAUGAUUACUCGGGUCAAUUUGCUUUUCAGAUUGGCCUUCCAGCAAAAUCAGGUGUAUCUGGAGGCAUUCUGGUGGUUGUUCCCAAUGUGAUGGGUGUGAUGCUGUGGUCUCCACCGUUAGAUACAUAUGGCAACAGUGUGCGAGGAAUACAUUUUCUCAGGGACCUUGUCAGCAUUAACAGUUUCCAUAACUUCGAUAACUUGCUACACACAACCAAAAAAAUUGAUCCACGCAAAGCUGGAGUUGGAAGCAAGCUUUGGGCAAGUAGGAAUGCUUCUAAAAUGUCAGCUGGCAAACGUAUUGUAAACCUUCUGUUUGGUGCAUACAAUAAUGACUUGAGUGCAAUGCGGCAGUAUGCUCUACAGGGCUUGAAUAUGGAGCAGGCUGACUAUGACCUGCGAACCGCUUUACAUAUUGCAGCUGCUGAAGGUCACAAAGAUAUUGUGCAAUUUCUUCUAGAGAAAUGCAAGGUGAACCCAUGUCCUAAGGAUAGGUAUGGAAUUUAAUCAUUAUUAUCACUGAAAUUCAUACCGGUAGUCAGUCAGUGACACCG